AUGUGUAGCCAACCGAUUAGUGGGCUUCACGUGACAGUUUCACUGAGGAACAAGGUUGCUCUCAGGUCACCUCAAAGGUGCACUAUUCAGGCCCAUUUGCAUGUUAUCAAGGGGACAGUCGUCAUUCGCCGGACUCUUGGCCGGCCAGGUCCUGGAAAAUUAGCUUCAGUCCAUCUCCAUAGUGGCACCAGAAUUGACCCUGGAAAUGGUAAAGGUUUGUUGAGUGAGCAUAAAACCUUCAAACAUGGGAAGAAAACCAAACACAAUGGAGAGAACACCAUAACUUACAGGAUUAAGUUCCAUGUAGAGUCAGAUUUCGGAUUACCGGGGGCUUUCAUCACCGAAAACCAUGAUAAACAUGAGUUCUUCCUUAUAUCUGCAACUCUCGAGUUAUUUGAUAAUCGUAAAAUUCAUUUCGACUGCAACUCUUGGGUUUAUCCAGUUAGUAAAACAAAACAUGGCCGCCUGUUCUUCUCCAAUGCUAGUUACCUUCCAAAUCUUACUCCAAAAGCUCUAGAGCCAUUGAGGGAAGAAGAACUUCAUACCUUGAGAGGAGAUGGAACUGGAGAAAGGAAAGAAUGGGAACGAAUAUAUGACUAUGACUGCUACAAUGAUCUCGGACAUCCUGAUAAGGGCCAUGAAUACGCAAGACCAGUCCUCGGUGGAUCAGUAAAGUACCCAUAUCCGCGACGAGGGAGAACAGGGCGGCCUCCUAGCAAGGAAGAUCCUUUAGCAGAGAGUCGACCAGAAAUCAUUAAUCUGGACAUCUAUGUUCCUCCAGACGAGCGAUUCAGCCAACAGAAAAUGUCAGAGUUCAUAUCAAAUUCAAUCGAAGCAGUCUUACAUUUCUUAAUCCCUGAGACAAAAGCCUUGUACCAGAAUCAGUCGGGUAGCUUCGAUUCAUUGGAGAAGAUAAAUGACAUCUACAACAAACGAAAUAAGGUGUUGGAUGGAUGGGUAACAGAGCAAUUGAAGAAGUUAGUUCCAGAGGAACUCAUCAAAGAGACCACCAAUCAUGCAAGCAAACAACAUGAAGUAAAAUUUCCAAUUCCUCAAAUUAUACAAGAGAAUCAGAUGGCUUGGAAGGAUGAUGAAGAAUUCGGACGAGAAAUGCUUGCAGGAGUUAAUGCAGCUGUAAUCAAAUGCUUACGGAAAUUUCCACCCCAAGGUAAAGAUGGUAAGAAGAGUACCAUAAAAGCAUCACAUUUGGAGGGCAAAUUGGAUGGUCUAUCUCUUGAUGCGGCAAUGAGGCAAUGGAGGAUAUUCAUCUUGGAUCACCAUGACUACCUCUUACCAUAUCUAGCGAGGAUAAACACCCAAGGGGUCUGCAUGUAUGCUUCCCGGACGAUUUUGUUUCUAAGGAAAGAAGGGACACUAAAGCCGGUUGCAAUUGAAUUGAGCUUGCCAGGCCCCAAAGAGGGUGAAGUCACCAGUCGAGUAUUUCUCCCAGCCAGUAUCGGUGCUGAAGCAGCACUGUGGCAUCUUGCUAAGACUCAUGUGGUCGCUAAUGAUUCUGGUUACCAUCAAUUAAUAAGCCAUUGGUUAAAGACACACGCCAUCAUCGAGCCGUUCAUCAUUGCAACAAGAAGGCAGUUGAGCGUGAUGCAUCCGGUUCACCGGUUGCUUGAUCCUCACUUCAAGGACACAAUGCAUAUAAAUGCACUUGCUCGGAGUAUUCUCAUCAACUCUGGAGGAGUUCUAGAGAAGACAAUGUUCCCUGCCAAGAUUUCGAUGGAGUUGUCUUCUGCACUCUACAAAGAGUGGAACUUUAGGAACCAAGCCCUUCCUAUAGAUCUUCUCGAAAGGAAUCUAGCAUUGGAGGAUGAAGACAGCCCCUCUGGAGUGCGAAUUCUCUUUGAAGACUACCCUUAUGGUUCUGAUGGGCUAGAGAUAUGGACUGCCGUGAAGACAUGGGUCAAGGACUAUUGCUUAGUAUACUAUAACAGUGACGAUGCCGUCCUUUCUGAUGUUGAAAUUCAAGCAUGGUGGCUGGAAAUCCGGAAAACAGGUCAUGGUGAUAAGCACAAUGAAGAUUGGUGGUAUAAAAUGGAUACCAUCCCUGACCUAGUAGAGGCUCUAACUACCCUUAUAUGGAUUGCUUCAGCAUUUCAUGCCUCUGUGAACUUUGGGCAAUAUGGUUAUGCCGGCUAUCCUCCCAACCGACCGACGCUUUGUCGGAGAUUUAUUCCGUUGGAGGGGACAUCUGAAUUCAGUGAGUUCCUUAAAGAUCCAGAAAAGUACCAUUUGAGCAUGCUGCCUCAUAGAUUUGAGAUGACUCUAGGUGUAGCAUUGAUAGAGGUCCUUUCAAAGCAUACAACUGAAGAGGUCUACUUGGGCCAACGACAAUCGACGGAAUGGACCGACAAUGAAGAGAUCCGCCAGAAAUUCAAUAAAUUUGUGGAGAAUCUAAAAGAGGUAGAGAUGAGAAUCACUGAAAAGAACAUGAAUCCUAAGCUGAAGAACAGGUCAGGACCUGCAAAGAUUCCAUACACACUGUUGUACCCUGAUACAUCAAAUGUGAUCUCCAAAGGUGGAAUUACAGGGAAGGGAAUCCCCAAUAGUGUGUCAAUUUAGUAGUUCUGUCCUUUAAGUUUUCAUAUGGGUUUCUUAUUAUGCCUCUAUAGAUUGACGUAAAGGAUUGAGAUUGAUUGUUGUAAAUGUAUUGUGAAAGAUAUUGAUUAAUUGGGAGUGUUAUAUGAAAGAGUUGAUUGAAUACACAGCGGGAAAA